AUGGAUGCGCUACCUCUAGAACUCAAGCAGCGUAUCUGUAGCUUCCUGACACCAAAAGACCUCAAGCCGCUCAGACUCACCUCCCAGAUCUUUACCACGGCAGCCGAACGCUACUUCAUCAACCGCUUCUUCCUGUUCAACUACCCGGACAGUAUUCUCGCACUUGGCGAGAUUGUUGAGCAUGAAGUUUUUAGCAAGUACCUUACCGCAAUAGUUUGCGACACUUCAACGCUCAAAGUAUACCCAAGCUAUGAGGAUUGUCGGCCUGCGCCGCCGCCGCCUUCUUGGGACGAUUACUGUCCAGAAACUCUGCUUCUCAACGAUACGGAAAGCUAUGCUCCAACGACCGGACAAGUCGUGCAACGUGCACAACAGGAAUAUCAGGUUGCUUUCAAAGAUUGGGAGGCGAAGAUAAGGAACAAAGAGGCUCGCCGGGACUGGUACCAAGCAGUGGUAUACAAGAACCCAGGUGAAGCACAUCAUCUCAGAGUAACAUCGACACUUCGGAAAGCGUUCGAAAAAUGUCCACAACUCCGCAAUCUUGUUCUCUCCAGCCAUCAUACGUCAAUUGUCGAGCAGAGAAGAUUCGACAUGCUGGGCAUGGUUGCACAUGGCAUUCGUGAUAUGCCUUGUUGGUUCGGGUAUCUCAUCAAGAUCUCGGGAUCCCUAUUGCAGCUCAAUCCUCUUACCCUGCUAUGCACUGGCUUCGAGGGACAGCCUGCUGAUCAAUCAGAUCUUGCACUACCAAACCUAAAGCACCUUCGAAUCAACUAUUUGUCCAGCGAGCUCUUGUACGGGAAUGAGUCGACCAAUUGUGCUCUCAUCCUUCGUGGCGCAAAAUCGCUUGAGACACUGAGUCUCGCACUUCCCGAGCACGAAAUCACCGACAUCAUCGAAUCACUUCGAUCGGACUAUCUUCGAGUUUGUCUUCUCCGCUUUCGUAGGAUUCAAGGCAGUACCUUGGCCGAAGUUCUUCUCCACCACGCCCCGUCACUGCAGCGACUUGGACUUUCUCACGGAUCUGCUUUUGAUGGCUGGUUACCGGUUUUCAAGUAUGUCGCUGGUAGAUUGCCGGCACUUCGACGUGUGCAGCUCCAACACUUGAAGGAGAAUUCGUAUGCCAAUAUGACACCAGAAAGCGCCCAGAAAGCCGGACGUUUUAUCGUAUUCGGAGGCUCAGUUCCUGUGCUCCAAUUCAAGAGAGGUUAUGGGGGAGCGGACUUCUGGUCUAAGUCUGACAGAGAAAUUGAUGAUGAUGGCCCGCAACAGAGCGAGCCCUCGCCCGGCCUCUGGCAGGACUAUGAAAGCAUGGCGGUCGAGGGUUGGGACGGGGAUUCAUGGUUGCAAGCCUAUGAAGAUCGUGCACUCAGCACUGCUAUUUCGCAAAGAAGGUUGGAUGGAGGAAGACCAGAAGAAGGCCCUGCAAGCUGA